GGGCGGCCCCGGCCCGGGGAGGAGCGGCGCCGCCGCUGCGGGGCUGCAGCCCCGACAGGUGCCCGGCCCUGUCGCCGGGGCCGCCGCCCGAGUGAGGGGUCCGGGGCGCCGGCGGCCGCGCCCGCUGGCAGGGAGGGAGCGCUCGCCCACACCGCGCUGAGGAAGUGGCUGCGAGCGAAAACGAGGAAGCGGCGGAUCCGGCUGCGCUGACUAAGGGUCCGGCCCCGCUCCGGCCGCACCCCGGCACGGCUCGGCACGCCGAGGGCGGCCUGCCGGGAGCAGGCGGCGGCGCGGAGCCCGGUGGCCCCGAGGCAGCGAUACAGCUUUCUAGGUUUGCGGCUUGGAAAAGAAAAAAACCAUGGCUUCCAACACAUCAAACCCUGCUAACCAUUUGCCGUUCUUCUUUGGUAAUAUCACACGUGAAGAUGCCGAGGAAUAUCUGAUGCAGGGAGGAGCAAGUGAUGGACUGUACUUGCUCCGCCAGAGCCGGAAUUACCUGGGGGGCUUUGCCCUGUCCCUGGCCCACGGAGGGAAGGUUCAUCACUAUACAAUUGAGAGGGAGCUGAGUGGCUCGUACGCUAUUGCAGGAGGCAAGUCCCACGCCAGCCCUGCUGAACUCAUUAACUAUCACUCAGGGGAAGCAGACGGCCUUAUCUGUCUACUGAGAAAGCCUUUCAACCGGCCGCCAGGCGUCGAGCCCAAAACAGGACCCUUUGAGGACUUGAAAGAGAACCUCAUCAGAGAGUAUGUCAAGCAAACUUGGAAUCUGCAGGGACAUGCUCUUGAACAAGCUAUCAUUAGUCAGAAGCCUCAGCUGGAGAAGCUGAUUGCCACUACAGCCCAUGAGAAGAUGCCUUGGUUCCAUGGGAGGAUCUCUCGGGAGGAGUCAGAGCACCGUAUCCUCAUUGGGUCAAGAAACAAUGGAAAAUUUCUCAUCCGAGAAAGGGACAACAAUGGUUCCUAUGCCCUGUGCCUACUGAAUGAUGGAAAAGUACUGCACUAUCGUAUUGACAGAGAUAAGACAGGAAAGCUCUCCAUACCAGAUGGAAAAAGAUUUGACACCCUUUGGCAGUUAGUUGAACAUUAUUCAUACAAACCAGAUGGAUUAUUAAGGGUUCUUACCAUUCCUUGUCCACAACAUGGCUCAGAAAAUGAUAAUCUUGGUUUUAAUACUCAUCCUUCUUCUGCAACACUUCCUAAGAGUUGGGCAGGAGGUGGAAUUAUCUCAAGACUCAAAUCGUACACCUUUCCAAAGGCUGGCAGCAAAAAGAAAAACUUUAUUUGUGUGCUGCAGCUUCAGUCAAGUAUCGGCCACCCACCAGAAGAAGCACCUUUUAAUCCUUAUGUGCUGCAAAGGAACAGAGGUCUUACAGGAGCAGAAAGAGGUGAUCAGAGAGAGGCCUUACCCAUGGAUACCGAGGUCUAUGAAAGUCCAUAUGCCGAUCCAGAUGAAAUUAAACCAAAAAAUGUCACUCUUGACAGGAAGUUGUUGACUUUGGAGGAAGGUGAACUUGGCUCUGGCAAUUUUGGUACUGUAAAGAAAGGGUUCUAUAAGAUGAAAAAGGGUGCCAAGCCUGUGGCUGUAAAAAUUCUGAAGAAUGAGAGUAAUGAUCCAGCCAUAAAGGAUGAAUUACUGAGAGAAGCAAAUGUAAUGCAGCAACUAGAUAACCCAUAUAUUGUCCGAAUGAUAGGUAUAUGUGAAGCUGAGGCUUGGAUGUUAGUCAUGGAAAUGGCUGAACUUGGGCCAUUGAACAAAUUUUUGCAAAAAAAUAGACAUGUCACAGAGAAGAAUAUAACAGAGCUGGUGCAUCAGGUUUCCAUGGGGAUGAAAUACCUGGAGGAGAAUAAUUUUGUUCAUAGGGAUCUGGCUGCAAGAAAUGUGCUCUUAGUCACCCAACAUUAUGCCAAAAUUAGUGACUUUGGACUUUCUAAAGCUCUUAGUGCUGACGAAAACUAUUACAAGGCACAAAGUCAUGGAAAAUGGCCAGUCAAAUGGUAUGCUCCAGAAUGCAUGAAUUUCUACAAAUUUUCUAGCAAAAGUGAUGUCUGGAGCUUUGGGGUUUUAAUGUGGGAAGCUUUCUCCUACGGACAAAAACCAUAUAAGGGAAUGAAAGGUGGUGAAGUUGCACAGAUGAUUGAAAGAGGAGAACGAAUGGAACGUCCCGAAGUCUGCCCAACAGAAGUCUAUAGUCUAAUGAAAUUGUGUUGGACUUACAACGUUGACGACCGACCAGGGUUUGUUGCCGUUGAGAUGAGAUUACGUAACUACUAUUAUGACAUUUCCCACUAACAGCAUGGAGAACAGCAGCUUCCUUGUCUCCAGCCAGCACCCUCUGAGAAGCAGCUCACUUUCCAAAACCAAGCAACCUCGAUUUUUGGUACUGCCAUUUUCAAUCUGCAAAGCUCAGAGCCUUGUGUCUGUAAGGCUGCCUUUUCUUACCCUCUGAACAAAAUACAGCCCCAAAAGAGUAUUGGAAGUGUAGCAGUCUCAAAGUCCACAGCAAGGAUGUUAGAUAAGAUGCUUGUACUUUUGCUACAUUCUAUUUCAUUUUAUUUACAGCUUUAUUUGCAUUACAUUUUGCAGUUGUGUAAAACCUAUUUAAUGAUUUUGAGCCCUCUUCAUCUCCUAUAUUGGAAUGCAGACUUGAAUUUAGAUUCUUCCCAUCAAUAUUUUUAGCCUUUAAAUGUAUGGAAUUGUUCCGGCCUUCCCUUUCCUUAAGGAAGAAUAGCAUAAACAUUCCUCACUAUGAAGCAAAUUCACUGUGCAAGGGUGUCAGACACUUUGACUGAUGGUAUGUUUGAUUUUAUCAUCAAGCCCUUUUAAAUCAAAUCAUAUUCUUCUUAGUAGUCAAAUAAGCAGAGGGGAAUAGGGAGUUCUGACUUUCUAAUGUCAUCACAUCCUUUAAAUGUGACAGUCUUCUUUUGUUCCUCAUCUCAUGUGUGGAGCCCAGCAGUUUCUCAGGGAGUUAUUUUUUUCCCAGUGAAAUCUGGGAAUACUGAGGCUGGAUUUCAUCUUGGAAGAAAACAUACCAACACCUAAGAUGAAUCUAAAUUUUACCAUAAACUCCAACACUGUAUUCCUGAAAAUACACCUGUGAUGGAGCAGCACUUACUUUUCUCUGUGCUUUUCCAUCCUUCUCCAGACAUAUCUUUUCUAUGUAUCUAUUUGGUUAUACCAUAGCUCUGUGCACUGUAUUUUGAGCAGCAAUCAUUUCUAUCUUUUCUUCAAACCUUUCUUUAAAAAGCAUCUGUGAGAAUUUCACCACACCUUAUGACCUCUAAAGUUAAAUUUCACCUCUAGUUCAAAUAUUUUAUAAUGGGCAGACAACAAGAUUACUUCUGUCAGCUCCAAAAUCUUAGUAUUUGUCCUGUGGGACAAAUCCCUGUGGGCAUCUCAGGAAAAGGCAUUUGUCUCAUCAUUCUUCUGUAAUGCAGUGUGCAUCUCCAUUAAAUUGGAUAACAGAGUAAUAACAAAUAAUGUAAUCAAAUUCUGAUUCUGCUUUUACCCUUAUGCUUUUCUUGCUCAAUCUCAUUUCAAGUAUUAUCAAUAGCAACAUUUCUAUCACUUAUUGCUCACAAGCAGCUAUUUCAUUGUCAUUUGCAUAUAUCUCAGGAAUCCAGGAAUCUACAUAGAUUUUGUCUUCUAGAUAUAGAGAUUUUAGAAAAAUAGAAAGAAUAAGAUUUAAAGUUAGAUAUAUUUAUUGCAUAUGGCUGGUUAGAGUAUACGUGUUUAGUUUUUGUGUGAACAUAGUAUUCUUAGAGAUGCAGUGGUAUUUUUUUUUUCUCUAGUAAUGAAAUUGUGUGAAGCAAUUAAACUGAGAAAGGGUGAUAUAAUUUUCAUAAAAGACAAGACUAUAAACAAAUGUGCAAGCUACUGGGUUUGUUUUUCCUUUUUACUAAGUUUACGAUCUAUUUGUUAAAUAAUAUCUGAUGCCUUCUGGAAAUUUAGUCUUGACUGUCCAGUGCAAGGCAUCAGAGGCUACUGGAAGAUACUGAGUUUAACAGACCAUGUUUCAUAUGUGACCGAACGUGACUCACCUUGAAGAUGAUUUAAUUUUUGUUUUGUUUUCAAGAAACAUUUUUCUACAAGACCAGCUUGUGUGGAAGUUAGCCAUAGCUAUACAUAGGUGUUUUGUCACUUCAGUUUUGUUGCAGAGAAUAUGUUAUCUCUACAUGUUGGUAGAGAUAACAAUUAGUACACUUAUGGGGAUAUUAGUUAUAAAGAAAUUGCACAAAUCUCUAUGAAGCAGCGAGUGACAGUACUGAAUUUCCCAGAAUGAGAGAUUCCUCUGUAUCUCUCACUCUCUUCAAAAGUGAUGUCUGAUACAACAAACCUGGAGGAUUGUUUCUUUUCCUCUCCUCUGAGUGAAAGUCAACAUCACUUUCUGGAGUUACUUGAUUAUUUUUAACUUCACUAUUACAUUAUAAAAGUUUACAAUGCAAAUAUAAAGUAUUGUGAAAUAAAUGGAUUUGGUUUUAACAUUUUAAUUAAAGAUACUUUUACAAAAUACGCUGUCUUAACAAGAAUCCUCUCAUAAUUACAUGCUUUGUAAAAAAUCCUGAUGCUUUGCAGUGUGUAUAUGUACUGAGUUACUGUGACUGUUUUGGAAGACUGAGGUUUUCCUAUUGACAGUGAAAGUUACCCAACAGGACAGAUAAACCCACUAAAGCCUGGGCUGCUUUUGGAGCAAUUCAGGAAUGACAGAAAAUUCCCAAAAUAUGCACAUUGUUAUUACACCUAGGUCUUUUCAAAGUGAUUCACAACAAUACUGUGCUGACUAGAGAUGCCAGGAGUCAGUUCAGUAUAUUAGCUAGACAAGAAUUUUUGCCUUACAGAUGCCAGCUAUGCAGGAUUUAACUUGCUUCAUUCACAUUAUAUGACAUGGAGCCUCCCUCAGAUGCAGACAGCUGUUCUAGGUACUCUAAAAUAAAAGCAGCAACA